AAUGUGUCCCUUGCAGCUUAUAGGUUAUUAGUUUGUAUAAUUUGUGAAAUACAUUCAUAGAGUUUGGAUUUAGAAGAUCUGGAUACUUGAAUUUAUCUCAAGCUUUCACUGAUGGCUCACAGGCUGAGCCUGUUUGGGAUCAUAGGCGCCCUGCUCAGUGUUGCUAGUGCCCAAAGCCAUCAGUACUACUUUGUGAACACGUUGCUAACAUGGACAGAAGCUCAGAGUGUCUGCAGACGGGACUACACUGAUCUGGCCACCAUUGAAAGCACAGCUGAUGUUGAUGACUUUCUAAGAACCACCUCCGGUUAUACAGGCAAGGCAUGGAUCGGUCUCUAUGACGACACAAUAAACAGCUGGACCUGGUCCCUAAAUGACAGCAGCUUCUAUGCUGGAGAAAAUUCAUUUAGGAACUGGCAACCUGGCCAACCCGACAAUUAUCUUGGACAACAGCAUUGUGUUCAGUUUAAUGGUUCUGGAGGCCAAUGGGAUGACACUCGGUGCUUGGAUACACUGCAAUUUGUUUGCUAUAAUGGUGCAGUAGGUGGAUCACCAUCCUAUGUUGUCAGUAAUAUUUCAUUAAACUGGACUGAAGCUCAGAAAUUCUGCCGGGAGAAUUAUGUUGAUCUGGCCAGUGUACGAAAUCAGACAGAAAAUGAAAUCAUCAGAACCCUAGUAGGUGCCAGCACUGUUUUCAUUGGACUGUAUCGGGAAAAGCUGUGGUCUGAUGGCAGCGACUCUCUGUUUCGAUACUGGGCGGAUGGCGAGCCCAAUGGUCCCUCUGGUGAUCAGUGUGUUGCUGGAUCAUUUAAUGACUCUGGAAGAUGGUCGGAUGAAAGUUGCAGCCUCAGUUUGCCAUUCGUCUGCUACAAACCAAUCCCACCAAAUGCAGAAGGUUUUACAGUUUCAGCAAAAGAUGACAUCAGCAUCACUCUGCAGUGGAACAAGAUCAACAACAGCACCAGCUUUGUUCUCCUGUUUAAUGGUGUGGAGACUUUCAUCAGUGCCCCAGUUGCAGAUGGACCAGUAACCCACACAGUCUCAUCUCUCUCUCCUGCAACAAACUACACAUUCACUCUCUUCUCUGUUCUUGACAACAUCAGGAGCAGUGGCAUCAACAUUACUGCAGCUACUGGUAAGACUUUACAUUUCAUUAUGAAAGAGAGACCUUUUUAACACCAAAAUGUUGUUAGUGGGGUUUGCUGUGGUGGCAAAGGGGUUAAAGACGACCCACAUAUGGAGACCUUAGUCCUCGAUGUGGCUGUCACAGGUUCGAUUCCUGGCCUGGCGACUUUUGCUUCAUGUCUUCCACCUUUUCUCAUUAUCCACUUUCCUGUCAAAUAAAGGCCACUAGAGGCAAUAAAACAAAAAAAUAUUUUAGUCUGUUGGUUGGUCAUUUAACAAGACCAUCUGCUAUAUAAAAUGUAAAAGACUCAGUAGGUAAAGUACAGGACUCGUAUACGGUCUAAGUCUUCAACACGACUGUCACAAAUUGAGUCCUGGUUUUUUGACCAUUGCUACAUGUCCUCCUCCUCUCAUAACCCAGUUUUCUGCUUGAAGACUGUUA